UGUUAACGGAUAUCGCGAAUUCUUCGAUUUUGAACGUAUCUCGGAGCAACGAACCCACAUACCGGUGACUGAAAUCUCUAGAGAGUACGAUUGUGUUCGUUUGUUAAUUCUUAUGACAGAUGCGUGAAAUUUUUGUUGCUACGCGGUCGAUUCGUCGGAAUAGCUGAAGCUGGUACGCGGUAAAAAUAAAUACGCUAGAGAAAAAGCGUAAAAGAAGGAUUCCUGUGGAAAUCGUACGAUUUUUCGGUGAAAUCUAGUGUGGUACAUGUGCAUUGUCCAAUCGUUGUCGAAGGAACCGUUAGAAGUUUCCGUUGUAUGCGCAUUUGAACGAUCUAGUAUACAUUUGUCAUCUGCGUGCGGGAACCACUCCCGAUUGGUGUUACGGUGUUUCUACGAUACUCGCUACUAAUUAAGGAGAAAAUACCAAUAUGGCUGUUAAUGUUUAUGCAACAAAUGUGACAACCGAAAACCUAAGUCGACAUGAUAUGCUGGCCUGGGUAAAUGAUUGUCUGCAAUCAUCAUUCACUAAGAUCGAAGAACUAUGUACUGGAGCAGUUUAUUGUCAGUUCAUGGAUAUGCUUUUCCCUGGAAGUGUACCAUUGAAGAGGGUUAAGUUCAAGACUAACCUCGAGCAUGAAUACAUACAGAAUUUCAAAAUUUUGCAAGGUGGUUUCAAAAAGAUGAAUGUAGAUAAGAUUGUUCCAAUUGAUAGGCUGGUGAAAGGCAGGUUCCAAGACAACUUUGAGUUUUUGCAGUGGUUCAAGAAAUUCUUUGAUGCAAAUUACUCCAGAAUGGAGCCAUAUGAUGCACUUGCUAUGCGAGGAGGAGAGGCCAUGGGUAGUGGUGGAAAUAAUGCACCGCAUGGCACUAAUGCAAAACGCACCACACCACGUGAUGUAAAUCCGAUUAAACCAGCCGCUCGCAUUGGUGAGGGAUCUUUGCCUCCUGUACCUGCAGCUAACGCCAAGUCUAUAAACAAAUUUAUUAACAAAGCUCCUCCAGCCCAUCGUCCGCCAGCGAAAACAGGAGGAGUUGGAAACCGCGAUUCUGGAAAAGUUGAAGAACUUAAUGCACAAGUGAUGGAAUUAAAAGUAUCACUAGAGGGAUUGGAGAAGGAAAGAGAUUUUUACUUUGGAAAGUUACGUGAUAUUGAAGUGAUGUGCCAAGACUGCGAUAAUGGCGACCCUCCACCAAUAGUACAGAAAAUCUUAGAAGUCCUUUAUGCAACAGAGGAAGGAUUUGCACCACCCGAAGACCUGGAAGGAGACGGUCUUGCGCCCGACGACGAAGAAGAAUAUUAACUUCACACUUUUGUACAAUCAUUUUAAAAGUAUGUCAGCAAAUUGUCCAAGUGCGUUUCCGUUUAUUCUGUUUGUGAGCCAGUAUCAGUACCCUUCGCAUAAUUAAUAAGCUACUUUGUAUAGCUAUUUAAGCAUUUCGCGCCUUCAUUUCGUUACAAAGUUCACCGAGAGUUCAUUAAAAGAUUCGCACGUCUAAUUAGGAUAGAAAAGUACGUUGAAUAAUGCACUUGAAUAACUUGUAACUUUACGACAAGUAAUUAUUAAGAAUGAAAAGCAGAAUUAGCAGUUUACAAUAUUGUCAUAGUUCUUUAUCGUAAUUGAGAUAACGGUAGAGCUUUGAACAUCGACAAGUUUCAAAAGUACGACGAGAGAAAAGUAAAAAAAAAAGAGGAAAAAUGUUUUAG